UAUCAGCGUUCAUUGUGGUAACGUGGUAACGUGUAAACUGAAGAUCUCGCUUUUUCCUUUCCUUAGUAAAGUGGUCAACCUGUCAGUGCUAGAACCAAAAUUGCAGUUUCAGCCACCACAUCAAGUACAGCACAAAGUUAUGAAUGCAGAACAGAACGGCAUCAAAGAGAAUCAUUCAAGGCACGUUUCUCGCAAUGACAUGAGACAACCAAGGAAUGAGAAACCCCCUCGUUUUCAAAGGGAUGUUCAGAAUUCAAGGCAGGCUUUGGAAAGUGGUGGGUUACCAAGAAACAGAGGUCCUGAAAGACACAGCUCUUUAGAACAUUGGACAGAGGAAAAAAAUAAAAGCGACAGACAUUAUCCUAGAAAUGAUAGGCCAAAGGAUUUGAGUUAUCCUGUAGCCACUCACCAGAGUGAUAUUACUUUCAAAAAAAGGGAUAACAACAUGCAAAACAGAAUAGGAAAAGGGGUGUCUUUCACAGAAUUCAAGGAGAACUCUGCUGCUCAAGAUACUACAGACAACAAUAACCAGAAACGUGGGAAAAGAGAAAACCAAAUACACAACUCUGAAAAUUUCUGUGAUAGGAAGGCACGAACAAUAAAUAGCGAAGCCUUCAUGGUAAAAAAUGAGCAACAUUUUGGUGGUAAUAAUGAUUACCAAAAUCUUGGCAGAACUGAUAAUUUUAACGCUGUACCAAAUGGAGAUACUGAGCAUCAUCAGAAAGGAAGACGAGUAGGACCUAUUAAAUCAUCAGGACCCUCUACAAUCCCAUCUUUUGAUGAUAAAAUGUUGUAUUACAACACCGGUCCCAAAAGGAGAUCUGGGCCCAUCAAACCGGAGAAAAUAUUAGAGUCAUCGAUUCACGUGGAGUAUGGCAAGAGCUGGAGACCAGGGGAUGAAUGUUUUGCUCUUUAUUGGGAAGACAACAAGUUCUACCGGGCAGAAAUUGAAGCUCUUCAUUCUUCUGGGACAACAGCAGUUGUUAAAUUCUGUGAUUACGGAAAUUAUGAAGAGGUGCUUCUCAGCAACAUCAGACCUGUUCAUGCAGACACAUGGGAGGAGGAGGAAGAAACAUAUGAGCAGACUCUUGAAUUCCGCAGAGGAGGCGAUGGUCAGCCACGACGGUCCUCAAGACCUACUCAACAAUUUUAUCAACCCCCAAGAGCUAGAAACUGAUUAAUAAGGAAAAAAAGAAACCUCGGCAUGGGGAGAAAUUCACUGGCAGCUCCAACUUCUGAAGACUUCUAGAAGAAAUUCUGGCUUUUUCCAAGCAACAGGAUGGAACAAAGAAAGCUCGUGUGAGCAGAAGGAAUUUGGACCUGACACCACAAGAGACUUUUUUUAAGUUCUUAGUUAUAUGAAGCUGAAUACUUUUUACAUAUGAAAGAGGCAAAUUGUCAUUGCUGCCAUCAAUAAAACCACAGUGCAC